GCCUAUUGGCUCCUGAGGUUAGAUUAAGCUUCGUUUUUAGUGGAUUUUCUUCUUUUGAGAUAUGGAACAAGAUUACAUCUGCUCAGGCUGCUACCAGUAUCGAGUUUUUUCGUUGCAAGAAGCACUCGAUUGGCGGUUUCUUGUGCACUCAGAUUUCCUUAUUGGCUCUUUCGUGAACUGCACUUAGUGGUCAGACCUUCUGCGAUCUUUACGGAAGGUGUGAUGCAAAUUUCUGAUUCAGGGCUGAUGUUUGCAAGUUAUCCUACCUUCACAUAGUCCUAGAGUGUCAUCUAAAUCUGUUCCCUGCAGUCAAAAACUAGUUAGUCCCUCUUCCAUAUCCUGUUGGUUGAAGAAGGAUGUAUCAGUUCUUUUUCAAGUUUUGACUUUUCAUAGCUGUGUCUUUUCCUCGAGUCUCUGAACCCCUUGAGUGAGAUGCUGUGAGCAUGAGUUUCGUCCCGUUACCCAGAACAUUACUUUUUGUUGGUGCAUCUUCCAGUUCUCAGUAUGUUCUGUCUUUUUCUCUUAGCGUCUUUCUUUUACCUUGAUGGUCAACCCAUUGAUGUUCAAACUUCAAAGUAAAUAAGGGUCAGUCUACCCAGCGGGAGAAUCAUUGAUUUUGCUGCCAUACAAACAACUGGAGGAUUAAAUUUAGACAUAUUUCAUCAAAUUCUACAGAUAAAUACUAAAGGGGAUACUUUGCUUUACCUAGAGGCAAUGGAGAGGUAUACAUUACUCAAGGAAGUUGGUGACGGAACUUUUGGGAAUGUUUGGCGAGCUGUCAAUAAGCAGACGAGUGAAGUUGUGGCAGUUAAAAGAAUGAAGAAGAAGUAUUUCUCCUGGGAAGAGUGUGUGAAUCUUAGAGAAGUGAAGUCGCUUAGCAGAAUGAAUCAUCCAAACAUUGUGAAGCUGAAGGAAGUCAUCCGGGAAAAUGAUAUCCUAUAUUUUGUGUUUGAGUACAUGGAGUGCAAUCUUUACCAGCUUAUGAAGGAUCGCCCUAAGCAUUUUGCAGAAUCUGAUAUCCGAAAUUGGUGCUUCCAAGUCUUCCAAGGCCUUUCUUAUAUGCAUCAGCGUGGAUACUUCCACCGUGAUCUUAAGCCAGAAAAUCUAUUGGUCUCAAAAGAUGUCAUUAAGAUUGCUGAUCUUGGCCUGGCCCGGGAGAUCGAUUCCAGUCCACCUUAUACAGAAUAUGUCUCUACACGCUGGUACAGGGCACCUGAAGUACUGCUACAAUCAUAUGUAUACACGUCAAAAGUUGAUAUGUGGGCGAUGGGUGCUAUUAUGGCGGAGCUGUUGUCUCUCCGCCCUCUCUUUCCUGGAGCUAGUGAAGCAGAUGAGAUAUACAAAAUCUGCAGUGUCAUAGGCAGCCCAACUGAAGAGACAUGGUUGGAGGGGCUGAACCUUGCCAGCGUUAUCAAUUACCAAUUCCCUCAGCUUCCCGGUGUACACCUAUCAAGUGUGAUGCCAUAUGCUAGUGCAGAUGCGGUUAACCUUAUCGAGCGCCUAUGCUCGUGGGAUCCCUGCAAUAGACCGACUACUGCAGAGGCUCUGCAGCAUCCGUUCUUCCAGAGUUGCUACUAUGUUCCCCCGUCUCUCCGACCCAAGCUGUCUAUUGGACCAAGACAGUCUCUCGAGCAGCAGCAAUCCGUGAAGCGGUUACCAGCGGCUCUGACUUAUAAUGCUAAUAAGCCUUAUGUUACUCCAAAGAUGCAUGCUCCUUUUGACAAUGGUGCGACCCAGCGGAAGGUGGAUAUGGCUAAUAAUAAUAACCAGAACACGGCGUUGAACAACAAACCUGUGAGAAGUUAUAACGUUAAAGAUGCUAAGUAUAGACCACCUGGAAGGAAGAGUCCUCCAUCUAUGGAAAAGAACUGGGUCUUUCCUCGUGGAGCAUCAGAGACUGCAAAUAAACUGGCAAAUGCAACAAUCGGAGGAAGAUGGACACAAAGUCAAAGGCAACAACAACCGGCGAUGAAGGCAGGGUGGGUGGGAGAAAGUGGUGAUAUGUUCCUCAGACCUACACAGCCUUCAAAUCCCUACUCUCGGAAAAUCGCCGGUUAAGCUGAAAGACUCUUUGUUAUGACGCAUCCAAGUUACAAGCCAUCAUCAACAUCAUCACCAUCGUCGUUGUGCUUUUGAUUAUCAUCAUCACCUACCCGAGAGUCCAAGUUAUUUGAAGACAACUUAUGUUUAUUUUCCCUCUUUUGUGUUUCUUCUUCUAAAGUUCUCUUGUUUGUUCGAUAGAACUUCCCGUCUUCAUUACGAAUAUGUAUGGAGUAUUUAUUUUUUUAAGUGCGCAAUAAAAGCUCUCGACUUUGCAUCAAUUUUCUUUUGUUCUGGAAUCAAAACAUUGGUUUUGUUUCCAAGUGCGGUGAAAUCUUCCUCAUUUUCCAUUGAUGCCUUUCUGGUUUGGCUUCCUCGUGUUGUUGUUUGUUUGGAGUGUUUGGUUUGCUUACUCUGUGAUGCUUUAAGAUAAAGAAGCUAUGAAGGAGUAAGAAAUGUAUUAUGAUCAA